UGUACUGAACUAUGGCUAACAUUUGUUUGUUUUCUAUAUUCCUGGUUCUGUUAUCAUUUUUCAAAAAUGUUGUAUGUGAAGAUCAAGUAAUGGUUCAUACUUUUGAAUAUAUUUUACACGAUUACGCAAAACAAUGGAUAGUUGAGCUUACAUAUGAAUUCAAUGAACAAAAUAAUUUGGAAGACUCGAGGAAAACAGUAAUGAAGGCAAUUGAUCAAAACUGGGCACCUGUGAUGGCCAUUCCAUUUUGCGCGCCUGUUGGGAAACGAGAUCCUGUUUUAAUGAAUCCAAUAGAAAAAGUUAAAGAAAAUGUGGAAAUAUUUGUCAAUUAUCGUGAUGCUCUGAAGACAUACUCUGAUAAAGUUCUGGAGAAAUCAAUUAGUUUGGGACUUUUCGAAUAUUCUGAAAUCGAAAAAAUUCGCGAACUGUUUUGGGAAGUCGAAAUGCGUAGUUCACAAACUUUGGUGGGAUUCAAAAACUUUCAGAAAUGCUUUUUUCGAAAAAUUGCCGAAAAUUAUUCAUCAGAAGUAGCACAGAAGUUUGAAGAUUUAUCUGAAGAAGUGAUCGAAUCGGAUUUUUUUCUAAAAACACAACUGCAUAAUGAAAAUGAAUUGAUAAAGUUCUGAUUGUAGAAUGAAAAUAUUUUAUUU